UGGCUUUACUCUUAAAAGUCAUUGGUGCAUGUAGGGAUAGGUUGAAUUUCAGAAUUUGUAUGAUUUUGUGUGUACACAUGUAAGAAGAUUUACAAAUUAUUCAGAAAUUGCUGAUACACCAAAUGGUUACAGUAAAUUCACAAUAACUUUUUGUAACGUUUUUUACACCAAGGGAGAGAUUAAGUGGAUGGGUCACAUGAUGGCCAUAGAGCAAGAGUGGUGGAAGAAUAAACUUGCCGAGGACAUCUACGCCACCUUAAAACUGAAAGAACAGACCAUUCCCCAUUUCCAUGCACAGUCGUCACAGUUAUGGAUACGUCGUCAUCUGGUCGACUGGUUGUCAGUGAUAGUUAGUGAAGUAGGAAUCUGUGCGACGGCACAACAUUUGGCAGUGUACCUGCUGGAUUAUUUUAUGGACGGAUUAGAAGUAGAAUUGUGCUAUAUACAUCUGGUGGCUCUUACAUGUCUACUCAUAGCAGUAAAAUUUGAGGACCACUGUGACAAGAUACCUCACUACAGUAAACUGAACAGUUAUAUUCCAAUGAACCAGUACAACAAUGGUCAGCCAUACACACCGAGACAGUACCUCAAUAUGGAACUUAAUGUUCUCAAGUUCUCAUCAUUUGAAUUGUGUAUACCUACUGUACCGAAUUUCCUGCCAUAUUUUCUCAAAGUAGCUGUAGAUGAGGAUGAUCUGAGAGAUGGCAUACCUAUAACAUGUAAAUCUACUGUAGAGACCUACCUUGAGAAACAUGCUUUCUACUUUCAAGAAAUAGUGCUACAAGAUCAUAUGUUUCGGAGUUAUACUCCUUCACUAGUUGCUGCAUCUUGUGUUGCUGCAGCAAGAAUCUGUCUGCACUUGACACCAACCUGGCCAAAACAGAUGGAAUUGAUGACAGAUUACUACCUCGAACAGUUGCUGCCAUGCCUGCAGAGCAUGUUAGGGACACAUCAGCAAGACUCGUUGAUCAAGUCAGCCAAUUUUUACCAACCUAGUGCUAUAUCAAGUAUGAAUUACUUCCCCUCACCUCAGAUGUACAGGAAUUACCUCCCUUCCAUGAACACCACCAUUAGUCAUGUCCCUACUCAAAAAUGUGCUGAAAAUUACCAUUUUUCAAGACACCCAUUGCAAUAUAGCCAACCCUGCAACACUGUGAUCUCUUAUUCUAAUGUUGGGAAUUAUACAGACGUGCCGCAGCUUAUUCCACGGCUAAGAGGAUCUUGAUUAAGUGAAAGUUUUCUUUUGUCUGUGGUGAAACUUGGAGAAAUGUUAUUAUUUGUGCUAAAUGGUUAUAAGAUAGCUAAAACUGUUCACAAAUUUGAGUUCACAUAGACAUAUAUCAGUGCUUAGAUAAUGGUUUCAGACCACUACUUAGAAGAGAUGGUCUCGAACUACUUCUUGGAGAAAAUUGUUUAAGACCACUACUGAGAGAAGAAGUUCUCAGAACACUGUAAGAGGUGGCAACAAACUACUGGUAAACAUGUAAACAGUUAAAGAUAAUAUUAGGCAACUGCUGGUUAAAAAUUUCAUAUAUAACCACUUCAGGUGAAUGGAUACCGUGAGGAUAAAUUGGAUGUACGUGUAAAGUUAAAAGUACACGUUUUUACAGUAUGUGUUCAACAUUUUAUCUCAUUCCAGUGUGCUCUAACAAUUCACAAUAUUUCAUAGUGUUCCCCAUAAGUUGAAAUAACUAACCUCUCUAGUCAACGAUGUUAAUGUUAUAUAUGGUUCUGAAUGCUUGUGUUCAUAUUUUCUGCUAUUACUUUUAAAUCUUUAGGUUCGUUUUAAAAAACGAACCCUUCCAGUCAGUAAUGUGAACGGUACAAACCUUUAUGGUUUCUAUAUACUUGCGUCCAUAUUACUCUUGUUAUAUUUGAGUCUUUAGGCCCCUUUUAGAUUGUUCUGGUCAGUGUGAAAAUCUUAAUAUAUUCGCACAGUAAUUAUUUAUAAAGUUGAUAAGAUUAUACAGGUUUUCUUCAAAGACCAUAUUUGUCACUAUUGGAUUUUUUUUUGUCAUUACAAACUGUAAUGUUAAUUUUAAUGUUAAAACUUUAACUACAGUGUUUAAUCCUUAGACUAGCUCCUAGACUAUGAAAGACUAAGAAAUAUGCAUGGGAUUAUCCAUGAUUCCAUUUUAUGAAUUUCUGAGAAAGGUUGUUCAGCUUCAGAAUAUAAAUGGAAGAAGUGUUUUUUUAACUUUGCUUCACUGAUUUGUUUAACUGGAAAUUUUAUUCAGUAUUUUUCAGUCUUUGAGAAUAAGCAGAAUCUGCAGCUUGGCAUUCUAAUUCAGGAUGUUCUUAUGUUUAGUUAUUUCAGUAUAUUAUUAUUUGAUGAUUUCAGAGAUUUAGGAAAUUUAUUUAAUACACAUUUUUCAGGAACAUGUAUAAACAGAAAUUUUGUAAUUUAGUAUAAAACAUGUAUUUUGAAGUAAUAUUAAUUGUCCCCCCUCCCAGGGCAAAGGGAUGUCCAGCUUUUCUUCUCCAUCCAAAAUUGAAAAGGCUUAUAAUUCAAAAAGUUCUGUAAUCAGAAUCACCAAACCUAUGACAUUUGCUCACAUAUAGCAUUUCCCCUUGACCUAGUAAGAGCAGAAUUUUCCCUUUGAUUUGGUAAAAAAGAGGGAUUUUUGACUUACACAAAUAUAGGUCACUAUAGGGCUGUGGUAAUUGCACAUCAAGUUCACUUAUAAAUCUCUUUAGGGCAGUGUUUUUGCCCUGGAUUUUCUAAAAAUUAGGAACCAGCACGCCAUUGCAUAGUCCUUUUUAGCCUGGCUCCCUGGCUGCAUGGUUAUUUUUAUGUAAAUAAUGCAAACAUUUUAUAAUAAAAUUUGAUAGCUGAACCUGUGUUCGGAGCCAAGGGCAAUAAAAAUGUCAAUGUAGAAACAACCUGCUGGAGUUACUUCCCUCUUAAUGAAUAAAACUUAUUAUAUAAUUAUAUGUAAAUAAGAACAAACAUAGGGGCAGGAGCCAGUCUAAUUCCUUUUAUACAUACCGGUAAGUUGUAUUAAUCUGGAAAUCAAAUAUCUUUGAAAAUAUAGUCGAGGCAUUCGCAAAACCACCUAUUAGGCGAGGAUAUAAAUUCACUGAACUUGCUUGUUUUUACGGAUUUAGUGGUUUAGUCAAGCCACAAAGUUCAAUGCCAAUGGAGCAGUCAUAUUCCUAUUAAUUUUAUGUUCAAAUGUCAGAAUAUAUCUCCAAGAAAAAGCUGUUUGUCUAAAAAAGUACGGAAUUUCAUGCCCAUUAAAUUCAGUGAUUUCACAGUUCUAUUAUCUUCAAGAAGAAGUUGACUCUAUGUAAAAUCCUUCAGUCUGUGAUUUUUGUAAGUGCUUUUGCUGUUUUUCAUUAUUUUAUUUGUUCAUUAUUUUGAGAUUAUUAAGCAAUUUUGCAUAUUUCUGUUUUGUUUCAGUCUUUAAUCUCUGAAAGUUUCAAGUUCCACAGAAUGGACAGAUUAUUAUUUAGGAAAUGUUACAAUCUUUGUUAAAAUCAUUUUAUUAAUUUUAAUCAGUUUAUAAAAUUUGAAAGACGAUGGAGUUUCACAAAAUUCAACUUUUUCUUAAUAAAAAUAUUAUUCAACAACAUGAUUUACAUCUUUAUAAAAUAUUCAGAUUGAUUUCAUAUUGCAUAUUUAAGUUAAGUUGAAACAAGUUAAAGGUUUGCAAAGUAUUUCAAGAUUUUUAGUUCAUCUGAUUUUUUGAAAAAAAAUGAUGAGUUAUUGUCAUCACUUGAGCGGUUGUCGGCGUCGGCGUCGGCGUUGCCUGGUUAAGUUUUAUGUUUAGGUCAGCUUUUCUCCUAAACUAUCAAAGCUAUUGCUUUGAAACUUGGAAUACUUGUUCACCAUCAUAAGCUGACCCUGUAUAGCAAGAAACAUAACUCCAUCUUGCUUUUUGCAAGAUUUAUGGCCCCUUUUGUACUUAGAAAAUAUCAGAUUUCUUGGUUAAGUUUUAUGUUUAGGUCAACUUUUCUCCUAAACUAUCAAAGCUAUUGCUUUGAAACUUGGAAUACUUGUUUACCAUCAUAAGCAGACCCUGUACAUCAAGAAACAUAACUCCAUCUUGCUUUUUGCAAGAAUUAUUGCCCCUUUUGGACUUAGAAAAUCAGUUUUCUUGGUUAAGUUUUAUGUUUAGGUCAGCUUUAAUCCUACACUAUCAAAGCUAUUGCUUUAAAACUUGCAACACUUGUUCACCAUCAUAAGCUGACCCUGUACAGCAAGAAACAUAACUCCAUCCUGCUUUUUGCAAGAUUUAUGGCCCCUUUUGGACUUAGAAAAUAUCAGAUUUCUUGGUUAAGUUUUAUGUUUAGGUGAACUUUUUUCUCUUAAACUAUCAAAGCUAUUGCUUUGAAACUUGCAACACUUGUUGACCAUCAUAAGCUGACCCUGUACAGCAAGCAACAUAACUCCAUCCUGCUUUUUGCAAUAAUUAUUGCCCCUUUUGGACUUAGAAAAUCAUUUUCUUGGUUGAGUAUUAUGUUUAAGUAUACUUUUCUCAUAAACUAUCAAAGCUAUUGCUUUAAAACUUGCAACAGUUUUUCACCAUCAUAAGUGGACACUGUACAUCAAGAAACAUAACUCUAUCCUGCUUUUUGCAAGAAUGAUGGCCCUUUUUAUACUUAGAAAAUCAUGGGUAGGACAAUAGUUCUAUUAUACAAAAAAAAUCAGAUGAGCGUCAGCACCCGCACGGCGGUGCUCUUGUUUUUUUUUUUUGACAUAAAGAGGAUAAUUGCUUUUUACUUUUCCACUUUUUGUGCUCAGGCCCGAUUUUCAAGAAACAGUUUUCGGUCUCAGCUGAGUUGCAGAUUCUACUAGAACUUCAAGAUCUAAUGCCAACUGAGACUGACCAUCAAGACAAAAUAGUCACUUGAACAUAAUUAUUAACUUAACAUUUAAUUUUAAACAUGCAAUUUAGAUAUAAAUGACAAAUAAUGGUUCGGUAUCAAACUUAGCUGAGACUGAAAAAUAUUUGUGAGCAUUGGGCGUUGUAAAAUAGGGUUAUUUUAAUAGUAGCUUGAUCAGGGAUGUUGUAUUCUGCUCAAGUGGAUAUUGCUAGGCUGAUCUCCCGAGUCACGCAAGCGCCGAUUGUGAUCCGGCCUGGCAAAAUCCAUGAGAGCCAAAUACAAAAUCCAAGAUCUAGCUCCUUUUAUAAUGACCCUUUUAUUACACUUCCUUUUUGUUUGUUGUUUUGUUAUUGAAUGGAAUCUCCAACAUUUUAAUAGUUUUAUCAAUGUUGAAGAAGUCAGGCUACAUGCAAUACAAAAGGUACAGUAUGGAUUUUUUUCUGCCAGUUUGUAUUUACAAGCUGUAUUUUUGACAGAAUUUAUAUAGGUAUGCAAUAAAGAGUUAUAUUUUUAAAAGCACAGUCAGUCUUAACCUCAGCUGUUACCUCAUUAGUAAAAAGGGUAAAAUAGGCCAAUAAAGCAGUAAUAUGUUACUUGAUUUUUAGCUCACCUGUCACAAAGUGACAAGGUGAGCUUUUGUGAUCGCGCAGUGUCCGUCGUCCGUCGUCCGUCCGUGCGUCCGUAAACUUUUUGCUUGUGACCACUCUAGAGGUCACAUUUUUCAUGGGAUCUUUAUGAAAAUUGGUCAGAAUGUUCAUCUUGAUGAUAUCUAGGUCAAGUUCGAAACUGGGUCACGUGCGGUCAAAAACUAGGUCAGUAGGUCUAAAAAUAGAAAAACCUUGUGACCACUCUAGAGGUCACAUUUUUCAUGUGAUCUUCAUGAAAAUUGGUCAGAAUGUUCAUCUUGAUGAUAUCUAGGUCAAGUUCGAAACUGGGUCACGUGAAGUCAAAAACUAGGUCAGUAGGUCUAAAAAUAGAAAAACCUUGUGACCACUCUAGAGGUCACAUUUUUCAUGGGAUCUUCAUGAAAGUUGGUCAGAAUGUUCAUCUUGAUGAUAUCUAGGUCAAGUUCGAAACUGGGUCACGUGCAGUCAAAAACUAGGUCAGUAGGUCUAAAAAUAGAAAAACCUUGUGACCACUCUAGAGGUCACAUUUUUCAUGGGAUCUUCAUGAAAGUUGGUCAGAAUGUUCAUCUUGAUGAUAUCUAGGUCAAGUUCGAAACUGGGUCACGUGCGUUCAAAAACUAGGUCAGUAGGUCUAAAAAUAGAAAAACCUUGUGACCACUCUAGAGGUCACAUUUUUCAUGGGAUCUUCAUGAAAGUUGGUCAGAUUGUUCAUCUUGAUGAUAUCUAGGUCAGGUUCGAAACUGGGUCACGUGUGGUCAAAAACUAGGUCAGUAGGUCUAAAAAUAGAAAAACCUUGUGACCAACCUAGAGGUCACAUUUUUCAUGGGAUCUUCAUGAAAGUUGGUCAGAAUGUUCAUCUUGAUGAUAUCUAGGUCAAGUUCGAAACUGGGUCACGUGGAGUCAAAAACUAGGUCAGUAGGUCUAAAAAUAGAAAAACCUUGUGACCACUCUAGAGGUCACAUUUUUCAUGGGAUCUUCAUGAAAGUUGGUCAGAAUGUUCAUCUUGAUGAUAUCUAGGUCAAAUUCGAAACUGGGUCACGUGCCUUCAGAAACUAGGUCAGUAGGUCUAAAAAUACAAAAACCUUGUGACCACUCUAGAGGUCACAUUUUUCAUGGGAUCUUCAUGAAAGUUGGUCAGAAUGUUCAUCUUGAUGAUAUCUAGGUCAAGUUCGAAACUGGGUCACGUGCGGUCAAAAACUAGGUCAGUAGGUCUAAAAAUAGAAAAACCUUGUGACCACUCUAGAGGUCACAUUUUUCAUGGGAUCUUCAUGAAAAAUGGUCAGAAUGUUCAUCUUGAUGAUAUCUAGGUCAAGUUCGAAACUGGGUGACGUGCGGUCAAAAACUAGGUCAGUAGGUCUAAAAAUAGAAAAACCUUGUGACCACUCUAGAGGUCACAUUUUUCAUGGGAUCUUCAUGAAAAAUGGUCAGAAUGUUCAUCUUGAAUAUAUCUAGGUCAAGUGCGAAACUGGGUUACGUGCCUUCAAAAACUAGGUCAGUAGGUCUAAAAAUAGAAAAACCUUGUGACCACUCUAGAGGUCACAUUUUUCUUGGGAUCUUCAUGAAAGUUGGUCAGAAUGUUCAUCUUGAUGAUUUCUAGGUCAAGUUCGAAACUGGGUCACGUGCGGUCAAAAACUAGGUCAGUAGGUCUAAAAAUAGAAAAACCUUGUGACCACUCUAGAGGUCACAUUUUUCAUGGGAUCUUUAUGAAAGUUGGUCAGAAUGUUCAUCUUGAUGAUAUCUAGGUCAAGUUCGAAACUGGGUCACGUGCCUUCAAAAACUAGGUCAGUAGGUCUAAAAAUAGAAAAACCUUGUGACCACUCUAGAGGUCACAUUUUUCAUGGGAUCUUCAUGAAAGCUGGUCAAAAACGAUGUCAUACUCAAAACUGGGUCAUGUGGGAAGAGGUGAGCGAUUCAGGACCAUCAUGGUCCUCUUGUAUAUGUAUUUUACACCAAGCAAUAUUCAUGUUAUAAAUGAAACAUUGUGGUCAACCUAAAGACUGAAGAGAGAUAAUUUAUAUUUUGACUCUCUUGAAAUACCGGUGUAUAUGUUUAUAUUGUAUUGUUUGUACAUAGUUUUAAACAAUUUAAUUGUUAUAAAAUGUUAAAUUGUAUUUUCACUGAUGAUAAAGCCAUUUAGUUUGUGUACGAAGAAAGAUAACUAUGAUAUUUCUACUUUCCUUCCAAUGCUUAAGUUGCUUCCCCUGUCCCACACACAACAUUAUAUCUUGAUUUUUUUUUUUCAAAUUAUUAUAAAACAAAUAAACAAAAUUUGAUAGGAGGUUUCCAUUUUAAAUUUCAAUUAAUUUGGGUAGUAAAUUUUGAUUCUCUUUGUUACAGGGUUCAGGAUUUCUUAGUUUGCCUUGAAAAACCAGUUUGUGUAUUUUUUGUAAAAAAUUGAUAAAAAUGUUUAAAAGAUUUCCAUAGUCCAAAAUUUUCAUUUGCAGUUGAAAACUACCUAUAGUAUUUGAAUGAAUGAAUGUCUUCAAAUUUCACAAACUGAUCACUCUUUGAGACCUCUUAAAUGAGCACUAUCAAAAUAAAGAAGACAUUAAAAAGAUGCAGAUUUUGUGUCUGAGAUAGUAACUUCUAAAAUACUCCUAAUUGAUUGCUUAUUUGAGUACAUAAUAUUAUCUGCUAACAGAAGUGUAGUCUUAGAAAAUGAAAAAGUAUGGAAACUGUUAUGCGUUUUAUUCCGAAAAACAACAAAUGUUGAGAUAAAAAUUAUCAGUUAUAAAUGGAAUGAAGUGAGAUUAAUGAUAUAAUUGGAGAAAAUGACAAGGGGGGAUUUUGUCCCCCUUAGGCACAGUGAGCAGGGAGGAUUUUGUCACCCUUAGGCACAGUGAGCAGGGAGGAUUUUGUCCAGGGAGUUGGGAUUAGUGAUUCUUGGAUAUCAAGUAAGGAAAAGUGAACCUUACAGUUGUGUUUUGUCGUCACAGAUGUACAUUGUAGAUUAUUGCUAUUUUAUUGAGAUUGUAUUUAGCUUUGAGCAUAUAUUCUGUACCUCGUAUCAUACCUUGUAUGGCUGUAAGCUAGUAUUAGUUUUUCUGUAUUCUAAAUUUUAACUUUGUCAGAUUUUCAGGGUACUUUGAGAGAUCACUUUUUUAAGUGAGUAUAGAUAGACGAAACCUCUGGUGUACAAUUUGACCAAGGUUUUGAUUUUGUUAAAUAAAAAUUUUAAAACUUAAAAAAAUUCCACUGAAAUUAAGAAAUACCCUUUCAACCUUCAGCCUGCUGGUGGCAAGUGAUUCUGCCUUUGUGACCUGUGCAGACCAAGAUCAGCCUGACUGUUCGCUAUUCAGUAAGUAAAUUUUCAGUGAACACCCCUUUAAAAAUAAGUGGUACUGCCAACAUUGAAUGAUGGACCAGUCCAUUUUAGAAAUAUAGCAGGGUAAAGGUUAAAAGGAUAAUUAUCAGUUUUUAAAUGGAAUGAAGUGAAUAUUUGGAUAUAACUGUAAAAUGAACAGGGUGAUUUUUACUGCCUUUAGCAGGGGAGAUUUUGUCCAUUUUUUCAUUUAUGUUAUUGUGUAAUAAAACCAAUCAGCCCAGUAGACAAAGCAGAACAUUUUCUUUAGAGGAGUUUAUUAACACAAUAAAUGCACUUGAAUUGUUUGUUGCCACAGACAGUAAUCAUUCCUCAAAACAAUGUGAUUUUAUAAGACUGAAAAUACACAGUAAUUUAUUGGUGGCUGCUGUAAAAUCAUUAAUUUUCAUUCUAAUAUGCUUGUUUUUAUAACAUGCUUAUGCUAAACUGAGGUCAUGUUAACAGGCAAUGAAGUCAAUGUGUUUUUUGCCACCAAGAAGGAGCACAACUAUAUUUUAUCUUCUGUUUAAAUAAAGGGCAUAUUGGAAUCAAAAUUAUACAUACCAAAAUCUUGUUUUACUUAAAAUGAUAAACUCAAAAUUGGUUAUACGCCACAAGAAUUAUUCACUCGGGCUCUUCCCUCGUGAAAUUAUACCACGCACGUAUAACCUCUUUUUCAUGAUCAGUAACGUAAAAAUACAAUUUUUCUAUACAUAAUUUUGUUGAUUUCAAUGUUGUAUUAUUGCACAAAAUUAAGACCCAAGAAACAGUGAAAUAACCAUUUUGGCCGAAACCACAAAAUUUCAUGCCCAUGAAAUUAAAUGAUUUCAAAGUAUGAGGAUAAGAAGUGACACUGAGAUUAUGUACAUUGUUCUCACUAUGUUUUUUGUACUUAAAAAUUAUUUUCUUGUUUUAAAGUCAAUGAGUUACAUAAUAUUAUAUUUUGUCUUUCAGUAAAUUGAAUGUGUUCAUUAUCACAUGUUGCUCAAUUAAAAUUGUUAACUGUUAAA